UUGUGAAUGAGUGAAUUCUUCCUCAGAGGAGCAGCAUGCACAGAUCCUACCAGCCGUUAAAACCCGUCACCAACCGCUACCUGCAGCAGAGAUGGGACCACCAGGAAUACGAGAACCACCGCAGGAAGGUGAGCUCCACCCUGCCAGUAGUGGACAUCAAGGGCAUGAGGACGCCAGCUCAUGUCCAGCUCAAACUCAAGAAACUGCAGCUGCAGGACGAGCGUCUGUCCAUCAUCGACAGGGACAACCGGCUCCUGGCCUCCAAACUGACCGACAUAGUUUGCUCUAAAGGCCUGGUGGACCAUUGGAACCAGUACCACCUGAGGAGUCUGAAUGCCGACAAGAGGAGGGAGGAGCUUCUGCUGGUGGACCGUCAGAACGAGGCCAUCUACCAGCGAAUCACGUGUCGCCAGUCGGAGCACCGCCGCCAGCUGUGGCUGGAGGACUGGGAGAGGACGCGGCGCCGGAGAGACGACAUUUCCCGAUACCCCCGAGGGCUCGCAGAGAAACAGGCGAGGUCAAGCAGGAAGGUCAAGUUUGCCGUCCUGGAGGGCAGCGAGCGCUCGGAGAGCUUCAGCAGCACCGAGCGGACGGGCAGAGACUCCUGAAGCCCAUGAAGCUCCUGAAGCCCAUGAAGCUCCUGAAGCC